GAGGAUGGCCGAGCUGCCAGGGUACGACGCAUGCGUCGUGAACAAGACCUUCCUCGAGCCGGCCCCAGCAGCGCCGGUUCCUGGACAGCUGCAGCGGUCACAGACAGCGCCGCCGCGGUUUGCCCCCAUGCCUGUGACCAACAUCUCUUUGUGCUACGACGACCCAGACUUUGAGAUUGAGAAAGACGAGGAGCACGACGGCGAGGGCGAGGGCGAUGACGAGGUCAUGCCCCCUCCGCCCCCCCCAUCGGAGCUUCAAAGGCUACAAACCUACAACGUCUUUGACGAGCCGGGUGAGCACUGGCAAUGGAACAGCGCAGCCGCGGAUUGCGCCGGGCUGCCGCGGGUCACGAUGGCGCAAAUGGUGCCGGUGGUUUAUGCCGCCCCUGUGGCCGUCCACAUGCAGCCUAUGAAUCACUUGAACUCGAUGCCGGCCAACAUUAACCCGAUGGGUCAUGCCGAGCAGCAGGGUAUAGCACAGGACGUUGUUGCCUUCCCCUGA